GCGAGCGAGUCGAGGAGAAGAGCGCGGCAGAACGAAACGUUCGCACCAGCCACUCUCCAGCCGCGUCGUGGCGGUGCUUUCCUCAAAGCCAGAUAUUUCUCUUAUUGUAAAUAUAUUCAACAACAACAACAACUACUCACCACCAUGUCCACCCAAGACAACAACAACAGCGCAGACGGAGCGCCAGACACUGAAAUUUCCUACUCCGACGCGAUUGACUACUGGACAACCGUCCCUGCGACCGUCGACGGCGUUCUCGGCGGAUUCGGCCACACCUCCCUGCCGCGAACCGACGUCCGCGGAUCUCUACAGUUCAUCCGCUCUGUGCGGAGGAAAGUGCUUGCUUUUGACGCACUCGCGGGCGAUGCUGCGGUUGUUAAGCGUGGCUGCGACGUUGGCGCCGGAAUCGGACGCGUAACCCGCGACGUGCUCACCCAGGUCUGCGACAAAGUAGACCUCGUCGAGCCCGUCAUCCCAUUUGCGGACCAGAUCGCUGUCGAGCUCGCGCACGCGGGCGCAGCCGAAAAGUUAGGCGACGUGCACCGCGUCGGCAUGCAGGAUUUCUUUCCCGCAAAGAACUCGUACAUGCUCGUGUGGUGCCAGUGGUGUCUUGGACAGCUCAAGGAUACAGAUCUUGUUGCUUUUCUGGUGCGGUGUUCUGAGGCUUUGGUUGAGGGGGGGUUGAUAUUCGUCAAGGAAAACAAUACAUCAACAGACGAAGACGAAUUCGACAGCACAGACAGCUCGGUAACAAGAUCAGACUCUUCCUUCCGUUCAAUCUUCCACAUGGCCGGUCUCGAGCUGCUGGUCACCGAGAUCCAGCACGGCUUGCCUGCGGGAUUAUACCCCGUCCGGAGCUACGCCUUGCGUCCUUAUUCCUACCACACCAGCUGAUAAUCAAAGCACCAAAAAAAGCGGAAAAAAUAAAAGAAAUGCUCUA